AUGGCAUUGGCUAUACAACUAUCUCCACAAAAUGGCUCAAACUGCGCCUACUUGUCCCACAAAAUUUACUGUUAUGGUGGAUCUACUGGUGCAGGAGACUCAUCCAGCGAUAACGACGUAUUGAUGGCAUUGGAUAUCAACAGCAACAACAAAGAAGCAACACCCUAUCAGAAUUUGAACAGUCAGUGGCAGCCGAUACCCAUGACUACGACGACAAUCAGUUUAGGAAAAAGAAGCGCUCCCCAUGUAGCAUCACUACUGGAUGGAAAGCGACUGAUGAUCUAUGGAGGGUACAACAACAAUGCUACAUCAAAGCUUUCGAACCAAGCUGUAUUGUAUAAUGCGGAAUCCAACCAUUGGGAGUCUCUGCCCAACUUCAAUGACGCUGCCAAUGGUGGAGAUCGACAAAUAUACAAUGGAACUGCUGUAUCAGUGCCUCAUUUGAAUGCCAUUGGAUUUUAUGGUGGAUAUGAAGAACAUGUUCAAAUUGAAUCAGGUUACACUCUCUCUACGGGUGCAAAGCUGUCCAAUCUUACAUUUACCAAUGUUGAUGGUAUCUCUAAUAGCUAUGUUGGGUUUUACUAUUUCACUUUGUUUGAUUUGAAUCUAAAUACUUGGACCACUCCACAACAAUACAACCCACCUUUAACACAUCACACUGCGCUUACCUCAACCUAUCAUCCGGACAGUAAACGGAUUAUCUACAUGGGAGGAGCUUAUUAUGACCCAACCGGUAGUCGACUAUUCACAAAUCUGUUGAACCGUAGCAUGAUCUUUGAUACCACUAAUGGACAGUGGAUCAAACAAGAUCUCUUGGGUGCCACUGUACCUAGACCUCGCACGAUGCAUACAGCGACUCUUUUGCCUGAUGGUAAUACCAUACUAUUAUACGGUGGAACAGGAAAUGGAAUCAAUGCAACCGCUGACUACUGCUACACAUUGGAUGUUCCUACCAUGACAUGGACUCGUCAAUCACUGAUUGCACCAUUAGGUACCUCCUCUGGCCCUCGCUUUCAACACUCAGCUGUCUUGGUGGAAAAUGCUGUCUUUAUUCUGUUUGGUAUCGACAAAGAUGCCAAUCCUACGUUUGACUUGCUCGUGCUGGAUGUACGAAAUGUCGGUGCAAUUCAAUUUUCAAGCAAAUAUCCUUUAGAUGCUAGUGGGUCUAGCAACUCAAAUUCAAAUGGAUCAUCCAGUCAUGACGGUACUGGAGCAGGAGGAGGAAAAGACAAGUCUGGAUUAAGCUCAGGAGCAACCAUUGGCAUUGCUGUAGGUUGUAGUAUUGUGGGCGUUUUACUGGUUGCUGUAUGUAUUUUUGUCAUGCGAAGAGCAAGACAACAGCGCCGUCAUACAACAGCAAGGCAGCAUGGGGAUGAUACUUAUGGGCCAUCAUCAUUAUCAAAUCAUCAUGACGUGAGUACGGCCACCAAACAGCAAGAGCAUGAAAUGAUGCAAGUAGACUGGGAUAAAAUUGAAAAGAUAGAUCCACCACAUCAGUUUAUUGUCAAAAGCACCAGCAGCAAUGAUGUAACGAAACCUUCAGUAGACAGUAAUCUGAACAUGACAUUGCCAGAUGUAGUUGUGCCGGUAGAAAAGCCAGAUGGCAAAUAG